AUGGGGUCCGGACAAUGUAGCUCCGCCGCGGAGGCGCUUCUCUUCUUCCUCCUCCUCCUCUUCCUCCUCCUGCCGCCGCCGUUCCUGCUGCUUACCGCGUCUCCCCAAGAUGUUGAUGAAUGUGCACAAGGUAUUGAUGAUUGCCACCCAGAUGCAAUUUGUCAGAAUACUUUGAAAUUAUAUAAGUGCACAUGUAAGCCAGGAUACAGUGGAGAAGGAAAAACUUGUGAUGAUAUUGAUGAAUGUGAUAAUGAGUUCAAUGGAGGAUGUGUCCAUGAAUGUUUCAACAUUCCAGGCAAUUAUCGCUGUAUAUGUUAUGAUGGCUUCAUGUUGGCUCAGGAUGGUCAUAAUUGUCUUGAUAUGGAUGAAUGCUUGGUAAAUAAUGGAGGUUGUCAACAUGCUUGUAUCAACAUAGUGGGUAGCUAUGAAUGUCGUUGCAAUGAAGGAUUCUUCCUCAGCGAUAAUCAGCACACCUGCAUUCAUCGUUCAGAAGAAGGUGUGAGCUGCAUGAAUAAGGAUCAUGGUUGUGCCCAUAUCUGCAAAGAAGCGCCAAAAGGAGGAGUGGACUGCGAAUGCAGACCUGGAUUUGAACUGGCCAGGAACCAAAGAGACUGCAUUUUGACUUGCAAUCAUGGAAAUGGAGGCUGCCAGCACAGUUGUGAAGAUGCAGAAGAUGGGCCUCUCUGUGGAUGUCAUCCAGAGUACACAGUGCAUGCCAAUGGAAAAACAUGUAUUGAAAGAGUAGAAGCAACCACAGAAAUCUCUGAAAACAAUGUUACGGCAGGAGCUGAUGCAGACAAACGAGUGAAGCGGCGACUGCUUAUGGAAACUUGUGCAGUAAAUAAUGGUGGCUGUGAUCGUACCUGUAAGGACACUUCAACAGGCGUCCACUGCAGUUGUCCUAUUGGCUUUACUCUUCAGCUUGAUGGGAAGACAUGUAAAGACAUUGAUGAAUGCCAGACCAGUAAUGGUGGAUGCGAUCAUUUUUGUAGAAACACAAUUGGUAGUUUUGAUUGCAGCUGCAAAAAAGGUUUUAAAUUAUUAACUGAUGAAAAAUUGUGUCAAGACAUUGAUGAAUGUUCUUUUGAAAGGACAUGUGACCAUUUGUGCAUCAAUCAUCCAGGCACUUUUGAAUGCAUUUGCAAUGAAGGAUACAUUCUUUUUGGCUUCACACAUUGUGGCGAUAUCAAUGAAUGUAGCAUGAAUAAUGGAGGCUGCCAGCAUAUCUGCAUAAAUACACUGGGUAGUUAUCAGUGCCACUGUAAUGCCGGGUAUAAAUUACACUGGAACAAAAAGGACUGUGUGGAAAGGCCCUUGUCUGAUGUCCUUUCUCCCAAAGUAUCUCUGCACUGCAUUAAGACUGCUGGAAAUGAUAGAUGCUUUUUAAUCUGCCCCUCAGAUGUCCAUUUUACUUCUGGCCUGGAAGAUUCCUAUACUAUAAAAUGUGGCAACCCUUUAUCACCCAAGAAAAAAAUACAAAAUCCAAAUGAAUCAACUAUUUUAGAUCUUUCUAUCAUCAGGACAACUGUAACUUUUACGUUUAAUCAAGGAAAAUGUAACUUGAAAAAGAGUAAGAUGUUUCAGGCUGCUCUUCAUCGUGUAAUACCAGAGAAACAUAAUUCAGUAACGGAGAACUUCUACUAUGUAAACCUAACAUGCAGUUCUGGCAAGAAAACUGUUGGAGACCUCGGCAGAAUGAAGGCAGCUAGAGAAAUGUUUAUAUCUGCAGACUUUGAGCUUGAAACAGACCAAAAGGAGGUGGCAGAUACCUGUAAUUUGAGCUGUGCACGUAAAAGGACUGAGAAAAGGCUUCGUAAAGCUAUUAGAACUUUGCGGAAGGUCAUCAACAAAGAGCAGUUCCAUAUUCGCCUGUCCGGUGUAGAUCAUGGUGUGGCCCGAAAGCCUUUCAGAGCAGUAGAUAAUCAGGAUCCCUGCAGCCUAGGUCAAAAACAUGUGGAUAACAAAUGUGCUAGCUGCAGUGUUGGAACAUAUUUUGAUGGGGAACAAGAAAAUUGUAUUUUAUGUCCUAAUGGAACUUAUCAAGGCAAUGAAGGUCAAAUUGUCUGUGAACCUUGUCCAAAUCUUCAACAUUCUGGGGACUCAAAAGCAAUUGGUGCUCGCAGUAUAUCUGACUGUGGAGGGCAGUGUUCCCCAGGUGAAUAUUCAGCCGACGGAUUUAAGCCCUGUCUUUCAUGCCCUUCUGGGACAUACCAGCCUGAACCAGGUCGAACAUCUUGUUUUACAUGUGGAGGUGGUCUGAUGACAAAAAUUACUAGUGCAACAAUGUUUCAGGAUUGUGAGACUAAAGUGCAGUGCUCACCUGGACAUUUUUACAAUACAACUACUCAUCGUUGUAUCCGCUGCCCAAAUGGAACAUAUCAACCUGAGUUUGGACAAAAGUACUGUAUUUCAUGUCCUGGAAACACAACUACUGAUUAUGAUGGAUCGACAAACAUAUUGCAUUGCAAAGACAGACAUUGUGGGGGUGAGCUUGGAGAGUUUACUGGAUACAUUGAGUCCCCAAACUAUCCUGGAAAUUAUCCUGCAAACACUGAGUGUACUUGGACUAUAAAUCCACCUCCUAAGCGCCGCAUUUUGAUUGUAGUUCCUGAAAUAUUUUUACCAAUAGAAGAUGAAUGUGGAGACUACUUGGUGAUGAGAAAAAGUUCUUCCUCCAAUUCUGUGACCACAUAUGAAACCUGCCAAACCUAUGAACGCCCUAUAGCUUUCACUUCCAGGUCCAAAAAGCUAUGGAUCCAGUUCAAAUCAAAUGAAGGCAAUAGUGCAAAAGGAUUCCAGGUCCCUUAUGUAACCUAUGAUGAGGAUUAUCAAGAACUAAUAGAAGAUAUAGUCAGAGAUGGUAGACUUUAUGCAUCAGAAAAUCACCAAGAGAUCCUUAAGGAUAAGAAGCUGAUAAAGGCGUUGUUUGAUGUCUUGGCCCACCCACAGAAUUACUUUAAGUAUACAGCACAAGAAUCUAGGGAAAUGUUUCCAAGAUCUUUCAUUCGACUGUUGCGCUCUAAGGUCUCCAGAUUUUUGAGACCUUACAAAUAAUGUUUAUUACAUUUUUAAAAAAACUUUGAGUUCUUAACUGUACAGGCUUGUUUUAUAUUCUUCUCAUAGGGGAGUCUGGAGGAAACUGAUGAGCCAAUUGUAUACAACAUGUAUAUUUUAAAUUAAAUAUAUAAUUAUUUCAUUUCAUGAGGUUUUUCCCCCCUUUUUUCUCAUUUUCCACUGGUGACUGUCUGUUUUAGAAAAGUUGCCCAAUUGUCUUGAAAGUGAUGCAAGAAUGAACUAAUCAUGAUUAAGUGGAUAUUCUUGAAAAGCAAUUUUUGAAAUUUCAUGAUGGCAGCAGUUUAAAAGAGUGGAUCCACCAUUUUGGAAAUAUCCAAUCAGUUCACCUUGGAAUUUCAAAGAUGAAGAAGGCAGCACAAGCUUAAAUGUUGCUGUGAUAUGAGAAAGGAAUGGUUUUCAAAGUGUAAUUUCAAACCAAACCAAAGAAUGAUGUGAGUCUUGUGCUUUUUCAUUAAAAAGAAAUAGUACAAUAGACUUUCAAGUGGAUUUUAAAGUGAAAAUAAACUUUUUUUUAAUACAGAAUCCAUUAUUUCUCAAGAUUCUGGUAGCCAAUUCAAUAUUUAUCAUUUAUUUGAGUUACCCUGGAGGAAAAGUGAAUAUUUAUGUUCUCAGACAUUCCAAUGCAAAAUGAAUAAAAACUGUGUGUCAGGAAUGGCGGGAAAUUAUAAUUCUCUUAUUCAUGUAUGUAGGCAAUGAUAAGUAUUUUUAUAUGACAUUUCACUGUAUAAAUAUGUUAAGCUUGUGUUUAAAAAUUACCUUUAAAAAGAUAAUUUAAAUAAAGAAAAUACAGUACAUUUGUAUGGCUGGGAUAGGAUUAUGUUAUGAUACGCAGUAAAAAAAAAGUAAGACAAAUCACAUUAUUCCAUAGCUUCUUUAAUUAAUUUGUCAAUGCUGUAUGUAACUUUGUUCUUUUUCCCCCCACACUCCUGUUCAUAAAUUAUUGACUGAUUUCUUGACAUGCUAUGCAAUAAUUAUAUUAUUUCUAUCCUUGUUUUCCACAAGAGGGCAGCAUGUGGUGCAAAUUUAAUUCUAAAUAAACAGUAUCUUUUGUUUUAUCCUUAGUUUUUUAAAAAAUAGUGUUCAGAAGGAGUGCAUGUAAGUGUAUCUGUGAUAUGUGCAGAAGCAUAGAAUUAAUAUAAGUUGCUGAUUUUAAAAGGCAAUUAAUUGCAGUCUUUAAGGCUUUUUCUUGAGGUUCACUGUUAAAAUGACCUUAGACUAGAAAACAUGGGGUUACAGUAUAUCAAAGAUAAAGGUAAAUAGUGAAUUUCAAGGUGAGGCCAUGUAAGAGAAUCCAUCAUAUUCCAGGCUAUUACCUUAAUUGUCUUUCCUGCAUAUUGCAGAAGGUUAGACUAGAUGAUCCCCAUAGUUUCUUCCACAAUCUAUUUAUUUACACAUAAAUACAGUGUAAUAUACAUACAACUUAUAUGCCAUCCACCUCCCAAUGACUCUGGGCAGCUUACAAUUAAAAGUAAAAAAGAGGGGGGAAAAGAAAAUGAAUAGUCCUAAAACAUCACAUAAUCAACAUCCCACCAGACCCCAAUCUACCAGUGACUCAACUUUUGCUUUGCCCCAAAGCCUGGGAGAAUAGCCAGAUCUUUAAUAGCUUCCUGAACAUUAUCUUUUAAUUCUACAGUUCUAGGUUAACUGGUGGCAAAUGCAGGUUGCAUCAGUUAUUGUUGUAUAGUACUAUUCAAAUUACACAUGUGUAGAAUGUUCCUCCAGCCAUCUCAUCUAAUAAUCAGCAGACAGCUCACCUUAGAUAAUUAUUGGAAAAAACACAGGGUUUGAUAUAUUAACAUAAGGAACAUAAGGUUCUAAGCCUACCAUUAUAGUCAUUCUUUCUUACAUACAGUGGAGCCUCUGGUCACGACAGUAAACCGUUUCAGGACUUCGGUUGCAACCCAAUUUGGUUGUGACUGGAAGUGAGGCUGACUGAGUAUGCAUGACCCCCCCGAAAAGGGGGUGGCAGGGAAAAUCAUCGCAGCUGUGUUCGAUCGCCACUCAAGGAUGUGUUCGCAACCACAGUAAAACAUUUAGCAGACUUUUUGGUCAGCACCUGAUUUGGUCGUGGUUGGAAGUUUCGUGACCCGAGGUUCCACUGUACUUAUAGUCUUCCAAUUAGACAGUAUUUUUCUUGAAGAUUGAAAUUUGGAAGCCUUUGAAAGCUAACCAGAUUCAUCCAUAUCCUCUCUAAUCUUUGAACAACCAUGCUUCAAGUAUGUCUUAUGAGUCUAAAGGAAUUCAGAAAUUCAGAAAUUAAUUCAGAAAUGUAUUUGUAGGAGGGAAACCUGCAAGUUCUGAAGAAAGAACAAACAGACUGGAAGAUAUUUGGAUGUUCUGGCUAUGGGUCAUAAAGAUCUUUCUGUAAAAGAGAUGACUCACUGUUUUGAAAGGCUAAACAUUAGCUCAUCAGUCAACUCAACCUUCAUAAAAACUCCAGAUAUUUUGCACAUGAAGAAGACUAAAACACUAAAAAUACUCUGGGAAUGUCACUUCAAUUUAAUUACUCAAUAUACAAGUUGGGAUGAAAUAUGGGCUGCCGAACUUUUAAAGACAUCUGCAAAAUUAAAAGAGGCAGCAGUAAAAAUUGUUUAUAUGUACCAUUUUAUUCCAGUGAGACUAAAAGCAUAAAUUCUACUCUACCAGCUUAAUGAUUCAUUAUUUGGUGGAGCCUCCCAAUUAUGUUAGACUUCUGGUCCAAAAUAUUUGCUACUAUAUCUGAUACUGUUUCUGCAGUAUAUUAUUCAGUUCCUUUAUUAAGCUUACUAACAAGGGAAAUGAGUUACAGUUCCUUAUUUUAUUUUAUAAAUAGUAAUAUCAGCUAUUAUCCUUCAAUCCUUUGCUAUUAAAUCAUUAGUGGAAAAUGGGAAAAGCUCUCCCCAUUCAAAGCAGACUUUCAAAGGUUUCAUAUAUAAGACUUCUAUAUGGUGAGAAUUAAACUCUUAACAAUAUUUCAUCAAUCCUCCUGGUAAGCAUUAAUGGAUAAUUAAUUCAGAGUGUAAUCAUUGGAAAAUUUAAUUAGAAUAUAGAAAGGAGAUAUUACU